ACUUGCGAUCCAAGUGCAUUUGUUUACCAACAAAUAGUUUAGUUUUCGUGAAAUCUUAUUUAAUUUUUGAGUCAUGGGCGAGUUCGGCAACCGGCUGGGGCUCGACGAGCUGGCGGGGGGCGCCGCCGCCAUCAGCAAGGCGCUGCUGGCUGAGUUCAUCGGCAACUUGCUGCUAAACCUGUUUGGAUGCGGCUCGUGCGUAAACAUAGCGCAGGGCACGGCCGCCGCGCCCGACAUCGUGCUCAUCGCCCUCACCUUCGGUCUCACCAUCUUUGCUGCUGUCUCUGCGAUAGGCCACGUGUCGGGCGGGCACCUGAACCCAGCCGUCACCGCCGGCAUGCUGUCGGUGGGCCGCAUCAAGCCAAUCAGAGCCGUCCUCUACGUGAUCGCCCAAUGCGCGGGCGCCGCCGCCGGCUCGGGGCUCCUCAAGGCCAUGACGCCGGAGCGCGCGGCCGGCAAGCUCGGCGUCACUGGGCUGGGGACUGAGGUCACGCAGAUGAAGGGAUUCGGCAUCGAGUUCUUCCUCGGCUUCGUGCUCAUCUUCGUUGUUUGUGGGGUGUGCGACCCCAACAAGCCGGACUCCAAGCCGACGGCGCCGCUGGCCAUCGGGCUGACGGUGACGCUGGGCCACCUGCUGGCCGUGGACUACACCGGCUCCGCCAUGAACCCCGCGCGCUCCUUCGGAUCAGCACUCGUGGCUAAUGACUGGGCUGACCACUGGGUGUACUGGGGAGGUCCGAUCCUGGGCGGGGUGGCGGCCGCGCUGCUGUACGUGCACGGGUUCUCCGCGCCGCCCGUCGACGCCGCCGCCGCGCCGCCGCGCUACCGGCCCGUCGCUGUCGAUGAUAAGGAGCUGAAGCGUUUGGACGGUAAGGCGGACGAUCUUGCUUGAAGUCGCGAGUUCGGGCGGCGACCGCUACGCCACGCGUCGCCCCCCUUGCGGCCGGUUGGAGAACUAAACGGCGACUACAGCGCCGCCACCUGGCCUGCGGCGGCUAUGUCCAACUUUGCCGGCGUCAACUACCCCAGCGAAACAGUUGAAAGCUACUCAUUACCCAACCGACAAGCUAGGCGAUACUUAUAAGGGCUGAUUCUCACUUUCUAAGUACAACACUGUCUAUAUCUCGUAGUCCGGAACGGAUCUUUAGCUGUGGAAUGAAUCUACAUAGACGAUGAGUUCUCUGAUUUAGAUAUACAUAUUUUUUACUUACCCAGUGUAAGUUUAAAAUUCAUGUCCUUGAAUCAUUUGUAGUUUUUCGGAGUCUACGCGGCUGGAGAAUCGUUAUACAUUCUGCUGACUCGGUCUUAUUACGAAACGAUCAUGAAAACUAUUCUAAACUGGAUGAAAUGUAGUACUAUUUAUGAGUAACUUUAUCUUUUGACAAACAGCGACUAUAUCGUCUUCGUCUCUGUUGCAUAAUGAACAAAUUUUAAUUAUAGAACCUAAGGAUACGAGUCCAGUGUAUUUAUUGUUUAAUAAGAUUAAUAUUUCGAGAGAUUUGUAUACGAGACUUUAAUUAAAUCUAAGAUUUUAGAUUCACUAGGAUUACUCUCCAACAAUAUAGUAUUUAUCUUCACUGCGAAUCACCUAAUUUGAUGUAAAUAAAUAAUCUAAACUAUUAUUGCACAUUUACAAAAUUAUAUUAAUAACUUUCUAUACAAGUGUGUUGGUGAAGUAUAAUUGUAAGUUCGACAUUUAUUGCAAGGAUCAAGAAACUGUUCGCAUCUAUGUAUUUCCAUUUACAAAAAUAUAUUACUUAUUGGUUUUACAAAUUAUUAUCUGGGUCUUUGCAACGAAUGAGGAGUAUAAAAGAUGUAGAAUGAUUGCAAUUCUAUAAUUUAUAAUAAUAUACAUAGCAAGUAAGAAAAUACAUUUUCUUUAUGUAAAAA